AAAUAAAUGAAUUUAAAAUGCGAUUGAACUUUUUGUGUAAUAAUAGGUGAGGAAAUGUGAGGACCUAGGUUGCUGUAGGCCUGUGCGUAAUUCCAGUGGAGAACUGCCGCCAUUUCUUCCAGAUCCAGUGAUCAAUCCUGAUGAUCCCCAGCAUUACAAGAAAUUCCAUGAUGUCAUAGGGACCAAUACCACAGAAGAGGACAUGCCCUCUAGGAUAAAUAUGCCACUUGCUAGAGUAGCAGAAGAGCACCAGGGUUGUCCAAACCGGAUAUUGGUUGCACAGAAUGUUCGUAAAACAGUGACAUGUUUGGAGUGUAAGAAGCCCAGGUGUAUUUACAGUCGCAAGCACUUAACUGCGAGGGAAGAAAGAAGUCUCACUAGAGUGUUGGAGCGAUAUAUGUAUACAUGUGGCUCCUUAAUUACACCUGAUGGAGAUAGUCUGCAAGGCACAGUCUUUGUCAGACUUCAGUUGGCCUGUACUACACCUGUGGAAAUAGCGUAUUACUCUGCCAAUGCUGUUGCCCGUAAAGAUGUCUGCUGCUUUUGUGCGUCCUCCGUCGACAUCAUAGAUGAUCAGGACCUUUUGAGAAAGUACAGGGUUGUACUCCCCAUGUGCAGGGAAUGUAAAUCUCGUGGGAAAAAUCACAUUUGUCGGUUGCCAAAAAAGAACUGAUGAGGCCUGAUGUGUUGUGAUAUUUCAGCAAUAAAAAGAUUGAAUUCA